AUCUGCCUUCUCCGUCAACCAGCAUUCGGCACCAUCUUCUCAGCAGCUGUUUCUUGUGUGUUAGCUAAAACUAUUACCGUGGUUGUCGCUUUCAUGGCUACUAAGCCAGAUUCUUCAAUGAGAAAAUGGGUGGGGAAAAGAUUGGCUCUUUCCAUUGUCCUUUCUUGUUCUUUUCUUCAAGCAGGUCUUUGCAUUCUGUGGCUGACAACAUCUCCUCCAUUCCCUGAGUUAGACAUGAAUUCCCUUACAGAAACCAUGAUUUUGCAAUGCAAUGAAGGCUCCAUCUUCAUGUUCUAUUGUGUCCUGGGCUAUCUGGGCUUCUUGGCUAUUGCCAGCUUCAUUGUGGCUUUCCUUGCCCGUAAUUUACCUGACACCUUUAAUGAAGCCAAGUUCAUCACUUUUAGCAUGUUGGUCUUCUGCAGUGUGUGGAUCUCCUUUGUUCCAACCUAUCUGAGCACCAAAGGAAAAGCCAUGGUGGCUGUGGAGAUCUUCUCCAUCUUGUCCUCCAGUGCUGGGUUAUUGGGAUGCAUUUUCUUCCCAAAAUGCUUCAUCAUUGUGUUGAAGCCAGAAUUUAAUAGAAGACACCAACUAAUCAAACGAAAUAAUUAA